AUGUUUUGUGCACGGGCGCAGCUGCGCGACGCCCUGCGCCGCAAAGCGGAGAAGGCGCAGCGUGCGCAGCCAUCCGAGGGCACACCAAAGCAGGAGGAGGUGGUGGAAACUCCGGAGCGGUCGGAGGAGGCGGAAUCCGAUGGCCAUCCAGAGCGGGGCCCAGCGAAUUCAGACUCAAUGCUGCCAAAGUAUCCGCCGACAAAGCCCUUGGGCGAAGAAGCCCUGGCCAAGUGGGCGCAGCAUGUCCUGCAAGGAGAAAAAAGCGCGGGACUUGUGAAAGCACCGACUGGCAUUCAUUUUUGA